GACGGAAGCGUCGCGGGAUCGGGAUCGGGGCUGUGGCCGAAGUCUGAAAAAAUGUAAGCAAAAUGCUUAAAGUCAAAUUCUGGGCUGAAGAUAUAAUGUUAGAGUGGUUACCUAUCUUACAUGAGGCAUUGGAUUCCAUCCCUAGCAGAGAACAUCCUGGUCUGCACAAGCCUAGGAGUAGAGACCAAACUGACCGUCGCACAGACAGACAACAAAUCGGGACGAACUGGCCGCUGGACCCCGCUGCCUCCCCUUUCUCCCUGCCACCUGCGUCCGGAGGAUGAGCCCAGCCUUCAGGACCAUGGAUGUGGAGCCCCGCACCAAGGGCAUCCUGCUGGAGCCCUUUGUUCACCAGGUUGGGGGGCACUCAUGUGUUCUCCGCUUCAAUGAGACAACUCUGUGCAAACCCCUGAUCCCAAGGGAGCAUCAGUUCUACGAGACCCUCCCAGCUGAGAUGCGCAAAUUCACUCCCCAGUACAAAGGUGUGGUAUCUGUGUGCUUUGAAGAAGAUGAAGACAGAAAUUUGUGUUUAAUAGCAUACCCAUUAAAAGGGGACCAUGGAACUGUGGACCUUGUAGACAAUUCAGACUGUGAACCAAAAAGUAAGCUCCUGAGAUGGACAAACAAGAAACACGUCCUAGAAGCAGAGAAAACUCCGAAGGAUUGGGUGCGCCAACACCGGAAAGAGGAGAAGCUGAAGAGCCAUAAGUUAGAAGAAGAAUUUGAGUGGCUAAAGAAAUCUGAAGUCUUAUACUACAGUGUGGAAAAAAAGGGGAACAUAAGCUCCCAGCUUAAACACUAUAACCCUUGGAGCAUGAAAUGUCACCAACAACAGUUACAGAGAAUGAAGGAGAACGCAAAGCACCGGAACCAGUACAAAUUUAUCUUGCUGGAGAACCUGACUUCUCGCUACGAGGUGCCUUGUGUCCUGGACCUCAAAAUGGGCACACGGCAGCACGGUGACGACGCGUCAGAGGAGAAGGCAGCCAACCAGAUCCGAAAAUGUCAACAGAGCACUUCUGCAGUCAUCGGUGUGCGUGUGUGUGGCAUGCAGGUGUACCAGGCAGGCACGGGGCAGCUCAUGUUCAUGAACAAGUACCAUGGGCGGAAGCUUUCAGUGCAGGGCUUCAAGGAGGCACUUUUCCAGUUCUUCCACAAUGGGCGAUGCCUGCGCCGCGAGCUCCUGGGCCCUGUGCUCAAGAAGCUAACUGAGCUCAAGGCAGUGUUGGAGCGACAGGAAUCCUACCGUUUCUAUUCAAGUUCCCUGCUGGUCAUCUAUGAUGGCAAGGAGUGGCCAGAAGUGGCCCUGGACUCAGAUGCUGAGGACUUGGAGGACCUGUCAGAAGAGUCAGCUGAUGAGUCUGCUGGUGCCUACGCCUACAAGCCCGUCAGCGCCAGCUCAGUGGACGUGCGCAUGAUUGACUUUGCACACACCACCUGCAGGCUGUUUGGCGAGGACAGUGUGGUGCAUGAGGGUCAGGAUGCUGGCUAUAUCUUUGGGCUCCAGAGCCUGAUAGACAUUGUCACAGAGAUAAGUGAGGAGAGUGGGGAAUGAACUUGCCGGCCACUCCGGUAUCUGAGAGACUCUCUGUGUCCUCUGCACAGCUGUGCUGUGUCGGGUAGGAGGCUAGUAUGGCCAGGUGGUGGCCCCUGCAGCCUGGAGCUGAUAGGCAGUGGCCUCUGUGAGCCCCAGCCUGAGCCAGCCCCAACCGUGCUUGGAGUCUUUAUUUAUUUUAACUAUUUCUUCAACAUUCCACAUUUCUUGAUGCAGAUACCUCUUUCUUCCCUGAGUGUAAAUGUUCUAAUACAGAUCUUUUGUUUAUUGUA